AUGGAAGAAGAAGACUCAUGCAAUACAGGACUUGUUCUUGGGGUCGGCCAUGGAAGCCUCCCGUUUGAGCCCCACCACGAUCUACUGCAACGAAAACCGCCCAUCAGAUUACAUAUCCUGUUCCCGACUCAUACCGACCGUCCGAUCGUAGAAGAACAGAACGAGGUAUACAGAUCAAAAUCAAAGGCUACAAAUGAAGAAGAAGAAGAUGUUAACAGUAAUAGUGAUAUGAACAUAAAAAACAUUGCAAGGAAGAAACUCAGGCUCACCAAAGAACAAUCAAGCUUGCUUGAAGAAACUUUCAAAGACCAUAAUACCCUUACUCCGAUGGAGAAGCAAGAAUUAGCGGAGCAGUUGAAUCUACAACCCCGACAAGUCGAAGUUUGGUUCCAAAACAGGAGAGCUAGGACUAAGUUGAAGCAAACCGAAGUCGACUGUGAGUUCCUGAAGAAAUGUUGCGAGAGCUUGAGUGAUGAAAAUCGAAGAUUGAAGUUGGAAUUGCAAGAAAUGAAGUCGAUGAAGCUCCGAUCACCGCCGUUUAUUGUUCAGCUGCCGAAGACGGCCGCUGCCACAAUGACUAUGUGUCCAAUGUGCCAAAAUGUCACGACAAACAAGGGAAAAACUGUGAAAAAGGAAUUCCAUGUCCAUGGGACAAUCAAAGAUUACUCAAUGCCAUGUUAA